AUGUUCGAACAUACAUUCCGUCGAAUCAAGAAAACUGAAAAGGCUCGCCAAACAAUUUAUUGUGCUGAAUGCCGAAAAACAAUAGUUUCACAGAACAUCAAGCGUCACUGUCGUACUACUGGUCAACAAAAAGCAAUGUCAGCAAACGUCACUCCUAUAACUCCCAGUAACAUUUCCAUUUCUGAAGAUAACGACCCCGAAUUAAUUGUUGAAUUAUCAGAUGAAAACAUUCAAGUAUCCGAAGAUCUGUUAUUGAACAGUAUUGAGGAUCAGUAUAACGAGGAAGAUAUUGAAAUUUCUAGUGAAAACGAUGAUAAUGAUUCUGAUGAUGAAUUAGAGUCAGAAAAAGAGGAAAUCAAUGAAAGCACACUCAACGACUCUGCUACCGAAUUUUUUGUUGGAAGAUUUAGUGCAGUUCAGAACGAAGCUAAUACUGAAGAUGCAACCAACGAUAUUAAUACAUUUAAUGGUAUGGUACCCAUUUGGGAAGCCUCCUCUGGUGUUGAAUGGAACAACUUCGUUCAAUCACACUAUCCUUUCAACACUACCCAAAAAUUUGUUUUGCAAGCUCUUGUAAAUGGAGACGACGACCAGUUAUCCAGAAGACAAUCAAAGAAAAUGAUUUACACCAUGAACUUGUUGCUCAAAUUGAAAGAUAAUGCUGUAGAAGAUAACAGAAGUUUUGAACUUCCGGCUCUGGACAACCUUUGGAAUUUUCAAUCUCGCAAAGGCAAUAAUAUCCCUGUUUUUAAAACGGAUACAGAAACUACCACUGGCAAAGCCUUUAAUAAGCUCCAAAAUAAAGAUGAAAUGGUCGAAAGAAAAAUCUUCUUGAAUCUGCCUUCUGAGCAUAUCAGACUAACAACAUUGAACCCAACGAAGGCCAGUAAAAUUACCAAGCUUUCCGAUCAUACAACUGAUCAAUCGCUUGAUCUUCAUCAAGGUAAAAAGUGGAAAGAAAACCCUUCAUUCCAACACCCUAUGGUAACUGAAAUCGGAAAAGAUUACUGGUUUGGAGACUUUGUCUACUUGAGAAAUAAAGACCUUUUCUUGGUCAAGUCGUUUCACACAAAGAUUCAAAUUCGACUCGCUGCAGGCUACCGUGUUCUUGAGCAAGACGAUUUCUUUGGUAUUUCAACAAUUACUAUGGAGAUUCCCUGGCUCCAAUUAGGAGGACAUUACGAAUCGAAUGUAUGCGGUAGCAAAUGCUUUUCUUUGGAUGGUGAUGGUCAAGGACUGGAUUAUUUGCAUCAAUCUUUAGUUCUUAGCAAAUCUCCUUUGAAACGUAACAAGUGUGACAGCAAUGGAAACAUUGUUCAGAAUCAGUAUUAUAAAGUCAAGCAGUACAAUCCCUACGAAAGUUGGUUUAUGAACUCUGCUGGAUUGCUUUUUGAAGACAGAUCGAAAAGGGAAAACGCCUGCUUCAUUUGGACGGCGCCCAAGACAGAUGGAAUUAAUGCCUUAAAUAUCAUUCCUUUCAUUGUUGAUGACUUAAAGGUACUUGAGAAGGGUGUACUAAUGUAUUCAGCAGAAGAAAAAGAAAUGGUUUUAGUAACUGCGCCAUUAAUGUGCAUUAUGGCCGAUAACCCAGCACAUUCAGACAUCUGCGGCAUACUUGGGAUGACAACAGUUUUUCCGUGCAGAAAAUGUUACUUCCGUAACAUUAAAAAGCGCAAAAACGAAAUUUACGCAGUGACUCCUGAACAGUUACUCGCCAAAUAUAUUGUUAGAACCAAAGACGACUAUGUUCUCGCUUUGGAUCACAAUGCAGUCAUCGCCAAUGCUGAAGAAUUCCCUGUUGGAGCAAAGCUUCUGAGCUAUCGAAAUCUUGAUGGGAGUGAAAGAUUACUAGAAUUGGCCAGUUAUAAUCCUGCAGAAGAUACACCAGUGGAAAUUCUUCACACAAUUUUGCUUGAUAUUGGUAGGUAUCUCGUAAACCAUUUGAUAAAGGUCACAAUUUUCAAGAACAAAUCGGUUAUGACGAUCUUGAUAACUGCAGUGAACCGCUAUGAAUUCUGCAAAAAUUACAGCCGUAAUUUCUCAAGACAGCUAAAACAUUUUGGAUCGUUUCUUGGCCGAGAUUAUAAACAAUUGCUUCAAAUUCUGCCAUUGAUCAUUUCUCAAUUAUUUGCCGAUCGAGUUCGUGAUGCUAAAAUCAUCGAACUUAACAAGCCUCUAAGCAAGUUGGGUGAGCUGUGCUCAUUAGUUUUUGUCCGUCGUGUGCACAUGGGGUUUAAUAAGUAUGUGAAUGAUGUGCAUGAAGUCAUACAUGAGUUAACGAAGAGAAUCCAUGCCUUUGAUCUUGCAAUCUCAAACCCCACGCCAUAUUCAUGUAAACCUAAGAUGCACCUCUUGCAUCAUCUUCGUGAUGAUCUGAUCAAUUUUGGGUGCGCUUUACAUUAUGAAACAGAAAAAGGUGAGCAAUUCAACAAAUGUUUACGUGAACAUCUAUUCCACACCAACAGAAAAGAUACGUCCAAAAGCCUUGCGCUGAAAGUUGGUAAGCAAGAGCUACUUAGACAUAUUGUCGAUGGAGGGUCUUGGGUGAGCAAAGAUAUAAAGAGGGUCCAGUACGGCUCGAAGCUCAAAAAUUAUAUUGAUAUGGCAGGUGAUGACUUUUUCUUGGAAAUGUUUGGUAGCUCCCAUAACAACACAUCAGUAUUUGUAGGUGAGAUCACCAAAAACAAUGGUAAAUUGGUUACUUUGCAGCGAUUUCAACCUGAUGUUACUGGUAGAACUGGACAGCCUAUUAGCUGCACAACUGAUGGGUUUAUCGAAAUGGAGGCAGAUAAACUUAUUCCAAAUGGUGCUCUUGAUAUGUUCAAAAAAGAUGUCAAUGAAAACAAGAUUAUCAACCCAUAUAAAUUUAACACAACUAUGCUCCUGACACAGCUUAAAUAA